GAUUCUGGAAGCCGGGCAGGGAGCUGCGGCGGCCGCCUCCGAGGCUGACCGGCAGGACCCCAAGCGCAGAGCGGCGGCGGAGCAGGAUGGCGGCGGUGGCCUACGAGACUCUGCAGCUGCACGUGACCCCAGAAAAAUUUUACAUAGAGCCUUGUGAUGAUCGAGUGGAUGAUGUGCUUGCCAUUGAUCGAGUCUCCACAGAGGUUACCCUCACAGUGAAGAAAGAUGUUCCUCCAUCAGCUGUUACAAGGACAAUAUUUGGUAUCUUGGGCACAAUUCGACUGGUAGCAGGUAGUUAUCUCAUUGUAAUUACCAAAAAGAAAAAAAUAGGCGAAUUUUUCAAUCAUGUAAUAUGGAAGGCAACAGAUUUUGAUAUCCUUUCCUAUAAGAAGACUGUGCUGCACUUAACUGAUAUUCAGUUACAGGACAACAAGACCUUCCUUUCAAUGAUAAACCACGUCUUGAGCAUGGAUGGGUUUUACUUUUCAACAACAUAUGAUCUGACACAUACUUUACAACGGUUAUCCAACACCAGUCCAGAAUUUCAAGAAAUGAGUCUGUUGGAAAGGGCAGAUCAACGUUUUGUAUGGAAUGGUCAUCUUCUUAGAGAAUUAUCUGCUCAGCCGGAGGUCCAUCGGUUUGCUCUCCCUGUCUUAUUUGGAUUCAUCACUAUGCACUCUUGUUCCAUUAAUGGAAAAUAUUUUGAUUGGAUUCUCAUCUCGAGGAGGAGCUGCUUCCGAGCUGGCGUGCGUUAUUAUGUGAGAGGAAUAGAUUCCGAAGGCCAUGCUGCCAACUUUGUUGAAACGGAGCAAAUCGUGCACUACAAUGGGAGUAAAGCUUCGUUUGUCCAGACUAGAGGAUCCAUGCCCUUUUUCUGGUCCCAAAGACCAAACCUCAAAUACAAGCCAAAGCCGCAGAUCAACCAAGUGGCCAACCAGAUGGAUGGUUUUCAAAGGCAUUUUGACUCACAAAUAAUUACUUAUGGAAAACAAGUCAUUAUUAAUCUGGUUAACCAGAAGGGCUCAGAGAAGCCACUUGAACAGACAUUUGCAAAAAUGGUUACCUCCUUGGGAAAUGGAAAUAUCAGAUACAUUGCAUUUGACUUCCACAAGGAAUGUAGUAAAAUGAGAUGGGAUCGUUUGCAAAUUUUGCUGGAUCAAGUAGCUGAUCUUCAAGAUGAAUUUGGUUAUUUUCUAGUGGACGCUAAUGGCAAAGUGGUGACAAAUCAGGAAGGAAUAUUCCGCAGCAACUGUAUGGACUGUCUAGACAGGACCAAUGUGAUCCAGAGCCUGUUGGCCCGCCGCUCUCUCCAAGCCCAGCUCCAGAGAAUCGGUGUUCUGCAUGUAGGACAGAGGAUUGAAGAACAAGCUGAAUUUGAAAAAAUUUACAAAAAUGCAUGGGCUGAUAAUGCAAAUGCUUGUGCCAAACAAUAUGCCGGAACUGGUGCCUUGAAGACUGAUUUUACCAGAACUGGAAAGAGAACUCAGUGGGGGCUGGUACUGGAUGGCUGGAACUCGCUUGUGCGCUACUACAAAAACAACUUUUCCGAUGGCUUUCGACAGGACUCCAUAGACUUGUUUCUUGGAAACUAUGCAGUGGACGAAAUAGACCAUAGUAAUCCACUCCAUAUACAGAAGGACUGGAAGUUCUUGGCUUUGCCUAUUAUCAUGGUUGUUGCCUUUUCAAUGUGCAUUAUCUGUUUGCUUAUGGCUGGCGACACGUGGACAGAGACAUUGGCCUAUGUGCUGUUCUGGGGAGUUGCAAGCAUUGGAACAUUUUUAAUUAUUAUUUACAAUGGCAAGGAUUUUGUUGAUGCUCCAAAAUUGGUCCAAAAAGAAAAGAUAGACUGAAUUUGUAUCUGUGGAAAGCGGCUUGGCCUGGAAGAUUCCACAAUUCAGAACUGGAGUCUUUACUGAUCUGCUUUCCACACCAGCAAGGUGUCUUCUUGGCUUUUUUUAUCUUUAGAAAAAGCAAAUUCUAUACUUUGUUUAGCGAUGGUGACAUACAGUUGAGGUCUGGUGUUACACCCAUCUUCAGAAUGAUCUUUUAAAUAGUGCAUCAGUUGGGAACGGGACCCUCCUAAUAGAACAAUGCAGGCCAAAGCCACGGUGAUGUUUUUGGCUUCAAGCCUGCCAGAAUUUCAACCUGGAUUCUGCUGAACAGAAUGGGAGAAAUGGAGGAAUCUCUUUGUCCCACUGGUGCAGUAUUGGGAAUGUAUAAACGAAAUGGAGUUUCUUUCACUAUUUAAAAUAGUAAAAUUAUUUUUCUAGCUGAGUUUCAUUCUUGUCAUCUCAGAACCAAUCACAAUUGACAAGCAUAUGUUUGUGGACUUUUGUUAAAGCUAAUAACUUCUGUGAAAAGGUUAAUCUUGUUCCAUCUAAUAGUUUGAUUAAAAGCUUCUAAGUCUUCGUUUCAGGAAAGUUCUGGAUAUUCCGAUGAAUGUUUGAAUUGGCCAGCUUCCCUACCACGCUCUCCUGGCAAUUUUUUUGUCAUUGCAGUUAGACUGUCCACUUCAACGUGAUGAGAAAGUUUGGGUAGAAUUCUCUUCUCUUUCUAAAGAUAUAUAUGAAAUCAAAGAAGAAUGUAAAGUCUCUUUUCUUUGUGGUGUUCUACUCGUGAGCUAAAGGUCCAAAGCGUCCUGUGUGUGAGCAGUUGCCACAGUGGGGGAGAUGUGCUCCCCAAGCCUUCUCUAGAGGUCUCCUGGGGGCCGGAAGGCUCGUCCGUCCUCUGAGAAAACAGCUUUGGGGGAGGGCCUCCUAUUUGUGUUGGGGGCAGCAGCCCCAUUUCCAUGCAUGGUACUGUUGACACCAUUGACUUCGCGCAUAACUUGUGUUUGGUGAUCAAUGUGUGUCUCAGAUUUAGAACUUCCAACUUCUCUUAAUCAAGGACCAACUUCAGCUUUGAUUUAUUUGUAAAAACAGACAAGAAAUAUGCUUUCAAAGCUAUGCGUAGUUCUAAUUGUGAAUACAACUGCAUAUUCGGAUUGCAAUUAUGAAGUCCAACAUUCUAAAACUAUGUAAGAUAGUAGGACACUUGCCACCAUUUAAAAGAUAAUUUAUUUAAUGCACUGCUACAGUGUGUCAGUGUUGUGCUGGAAAAUAUGUACAGUUUCCUUGUUUCAUGAGUACUGAUUCAUUUUAUCUUUAAAUGUCUAGAAACCCCUUUGUUUCAAGAUUACCUUUUGUUAGCACUCAUAACAAGAAACUGUUGCUUUUAGAAUCCAUAGUGGAAAUAAUAGUUGAAAAAUCCUGCAUAGUUUAAAAUCUGUUAUCAGAGCGCAUAAUGACUAAGAUAAAAGUGGACUACCUGUUCUUAAUAUGUAAAUAAAUGUAAUUUGCUCCAAAGACCAAUGGACUAUGGGAUCUGCCUGUGUCUAUUGUAGUACAUAAUCCAAAAGCUUUUAGCCAUUUCAUGCUAAAAACUCGUUUCACCAACUACAACAGAGACCAAAUCUGAACUGCAAACCUGGCUGCUUUGAAGAGAUGGAUUAAUUUGGGUUUAUUAGUUUCUAGAGUGUAUCUUUCAAAAUUCUACAGUGGUUUUAUUUCAUAUACUGUAUAUCUGCAAAUGAUAAUAAAAUUUCACUUUCUUUUCUAACUCCCGA